AGCUGGGGAAGAGAUCCACAGACUCACGUGCAGAGACGACAGACGGCGACGUGCAACAGCUCAACUCAAUACCGACCAGUCAAAGGCUCGAUGGCAGACAGUGCUGGCAUCUCCUCUGCCUUUCCUCCACCUCCAGAGUCAUACAAGCUCUUCACUGAAGAAAAUCUAGCUCAGCUUGCUCAAGAUCCAGCUCAAUUGCCCGACGAGGUGCGGCAAGCUCUAGAGCCUCCUGAGGUGCCUACAGAGUCAUACACAGUCUUCGGCCAGACUUGGCAUCUGCAAGAAAAGCUACAGACAUUGAAAGAAGCUGGUGUCAAGCAGCUAUACCCAGAAAGUCUCGAUGCUGGCACAGGGAAUCCUGUACCUGAGCUACAGAAAUUGGCAAGGAGUAUCUUCAUGACCUUUCUUGAACUUGUCAAAGGGAUGAGUCACGACCCAGAGUCGUUUCCCGGUGGACUUGAACAUAUGCGUGUACUGCUGCUCAAUAUGCAUCAUCUCAUCAAUGGCUAUAGGCCCCAUCAAGCCCGUGAAACCCUUGCACUCAUGAUGGAGCAGCAAAUUCAAAGGAGACAGGAGGAGAUUGCACAUGUUGAGGCACUGAAUGUAAAGGCAAAGAGAUUGCUGUCUAUCUACGAACAAGGCGACACGUUGAUGGCAGACGAACAACAGCCGCCUCAGCGUCCUAAAAACGAUCCGGUUCUAGAGAAGAGCAUCAAGCUAUGGGCUUGCAUCUCAGAAUUGAAGUGAUGAGCGCUAU